CCAUUGUCAAGUUACAUCGAAUCAAGGUCUAGGGUUUCAAAUGCUUCAAGUUCUUCCCAAAUAACUUCCCCUCUCAAGACGAUUUUCCUCAAUUUUCUAUCGAACUUGGUAGCUGUUGAACCGGUGCGUAUCGGUGUCAAGAACUUGCCCCGAGAUCUGUUGCAUUUAUGAAUGAGGAAGAUUUGGUAAGGCAACUCACUCGAUAUUCUACCUCUCUCGUGUUUUCAACACAUAAAACACAGACAAACCUUGAAGACAAAUUUCAAGCUUUUGAAUAAGAAUCCUCAAAAACCAUCGUGAUUUCAAACGAAACCCCUCACCCUAUCUAGAGUCCAGACGCUUCUUCUCUGUCAAUAGCACAUAAAAUCUAGGUUUUCUAUUGUUUCUAUCGACCAGAGACUUUCAAUGGAGAAGACAAAAUCUGGAAAGAAAGAUUCAGAUGCCUAGAAAUUCAUGGGCAUCAACAAAGUUUUUUGAUCAUGUCUCAUAUCAAGAGACGAAUUGUUGAUGUGCUUCAACCUGGGGAGACCGUGUUGCAAGCUUUAAGAAGGCUGAAAGGAAGUUCUAAUAGAAAGGAAAAGAUGUUAGCUGAAACAAAAAUUGUGUCUGAUCAACUAACUGAAGAUGCCAUGAAGCUGAUGGAGGAUGUUGACUACAAUGUGUAUGAUGAAAAACAGGAGGGAUUUGAGAACCUAGCACGUGCUAGAGGGGAAGGGACCUCUUCUAGUUCAGGAAACAAGCAACCUAAUUCCUCUGGAAUGAGUGAUUCCGGUCUCAAUGGAAUACCUUCCGCAGAUAAUACUGCAAACAAUGAGGAUGAUUCCUUUGACAUGUUUGCUGAAGAUGAUGACAAAUCUACUGUUGAUCCAUCAGCUGGCAUUGGAUCUACAGAAAACGAUUAUGUAUUUGAUGAAUCCUUAGGUUACUACUACAACAUCAGUUUAGGAUAUUAUUAUGACCCAUCUUCAGGACUGUAUUGCAGUGCAGCAUCUGGACAGUGUUCUUGUAACCAAGAAACUAGUGACUAUGAGGAGUUUCCAUCAGGGGAAGGCAAUGGAAAUGGAAUUGCAACAUAGUGGAAUGGAAUUGGAAUCACAGGUUUGACAUCCUGCUGU